AUGUCGUUAGGAAGCCAGCAGUUAUCAUACUCUGGAAGAUCAACAGAAACCGAUCACUUCGAUUGGGAUGCUGAAGAAGGAAACAACAUCGAUCUGGACGAUGGGAACUCUUUGACGUGCAGCGCGUGCCUUUUGCCUAUCUUCUUGACUCCCUUCAAUCGAGAUCACAACAAGAAGUUCCCCCCAAAAUUUAUUGGACACAUACUUCACCCAAAAGGGGUCCUCAUCUUGCACCGCCAACACCCAUCCACACCCCUCGAUGAUCGACUUUCAUGCACAAGUUGCGGGUCGAUGUGCGGGACUAUGUUCUAUAAAUGUCCCGAUGAUUCAAACUGUAACUUCACGCUCGACCUCAACUGUGCCUGGCCGAUAAUGCACGAUGAAUGCUCGGGCGAGUUCCCCCAAAAAUUGAAGGGACACGUGCUUCACCCAAAAGGGGACCUCAUCUUGCACCACCAACACCCAUCCACACCCCUCGAUGCUCGACUUUCAUGUGCAAGAUGCGGGUCGACGUGCGGGACUAUUUUCUAUAAAUGUCCCGAUGAUGAUUCAAACUGCAACUUCACGCUCGACCUCAAGUGUGCCUGGCCGAUAAGGGUCCUACACAGGAGCCACAGGCACAGGCUGACGGUCAAAAGGAGGAGGGGUUGCUCCUUCACUUGCUAUGCAUGUGGGUGUGUGCACGAACGUCCCACGAGGGAUGAGUGGGUUUUGUGCUACGAGUGUGCCGACUGUGAUUUCCAAAUCCAUCAAGCCUGUGCGAUUUUGCCCAAUGCCAUUGUGAGUACUAUGAACGUGAACGUGAGAGCUAUGAAUGUGGGUACUAUGAAUGUCACGAUUGUUGGUUUGAUGCUCAUAUCAACUGUGCUAUUAAACCAUUUCAACACAAUGUUGAUUCGGAAUGCACAAGUUCCCAACUUGCUUCAUCUUCCAAUGGAAAAUGAAUACUCGAGUGUGAUGGCAAGUAUAAUGAAGACCAGUUAUACAAAUGAUGGUGGCGGUGCUAGCAUCUGUGAUGGCGAUGAUAAUACUACUAAUAUUGAUGAUAGCAAAUCAUCAUUAUUUGAAAAGAGCAGCCUGCACAAGCAUGGUCUGAUUCUUCUUGAUGCAGAUGGUAUCGUUCGUGUUUGCAAUGCGUGCAUUCAAAUUAUACCUCCGUUCGGUCCAUAUUACACUUGCAUUUACAAUUAUAAUGGUGAUCACAACAACAACAACAAGAAUAGCGAAGUUAGUUGUACAGAUUUCGUUCUCCAUAGCUCUUGUGUACGUCUUCCUACCACUUCAUAUAAAUCCACCAAACAACAGUUGUGCCUAUCACUGAAACUAAACACAUCUCCAAUUAAUAUAUUCGAGUGCAACGUUUGCUUUCGUCCAAGCAAUGGACCAGCCUAUUAUAAUAAUAACCGCCCGUUGUCGGAUGUUGUGUGUGCCAAUAUGCCCAAUUCAAUCACGCAUGACGCACACGCAAGGACACACAUUCUUUUCAUUUCACACUUACGUGACCCACACAAAAAAUGUAACUGUUGUGGAAAGGGACUGAGUAUUGGGUUGUACUACAAAUGCAAUAGUUGUCACAACUUCUUUAUACACGCCAAUUGUGCCCUCCUUCCAAACAGGGUCGUCCACAAAUUCGACCGCCACCCACUAAAGCUAGUCGCUACCACCAAGAAAGACGGUCAUGAAACAGGUGAAAAUGAGCAACAAAUGUUGUUAUGUGAGAUCUGUGAAAUGGACAUAGAUAAGAGUUGCUGGUACUACAGCUGCACCUAUUGUGACCACUCUUUCCACAUUCGUUGCAUUCCUUAUUUUGAUCAUCUUUCCAAGAUCAAGCUCGGUUACACUGUUCGUGUGGGCUGCCACGACUGUCCGGUCGCCUCAGUUCGAGCACUUUCAGUCGAUGGUUAUCGUUGUGGCGACUGUGGGGAACACAUCAGGGAGUCCGACAAGAUCGCCUUCGAAUGCUCUAAAUGCUAUUUUAGGAUCCACAAAAAGUGUGUUGAGAAAUAUGUGUCAAAAUAA